GCCAGUACUCCACCCUGUCAUGGCAUGCAGGCCGGCACGACGCGGCCGGGCAGAUGGUUAAGCCUUCCUUGAUGAUUGUUUUCCGGCUGAGAAUACGUCGCCGCUGCACCUCGCCUUAGUCAGACGAAUCAAGUUAGGACGGAGAAGAAGGCGAGCUGGUUGUAGGCUCCAAACUUCCAACACCCAAAACCUGCUGGAGAGAGAGAGAGAGAGAGAGAGAGAGAGAGAGAGAGGAAACCGAAGAACAGCUGUGGCAUGUUGUUUGGCCCCGGCGGCCGGCGUCUGCUCGCAAUUCUCAUGGCUGAGCAGUGACGACGCCGGACUGCCGGAGCCGGUGCCGGAGGAUCCGGGGAGGGGCGCACAGCCGUGGCCCCGCAUACGCUGACUUCUUGAUCUUGGGAUUCGGAGCGCGGCGGCUGUCAGGGGCUGACGGCGAUGGGGGAGCCGGACCGGAGGAGGCUGUACCAAGUUUGGAAAGGAAGCAAUAAAUUCCUCUGCGGCGGGCGGCUGAUUUUCGGUCCGGAUGCAGGUUCACUGUUCCUAUCCACAGUCCUAAUAGCGAGCCCUUUGGUAGGCCUGUGCUUCCAGUGCAUCGCAAAGCUCAACUCCAACAGUUCAGAGAAGCAAGUCCUUGGCCUGCCUGUCCUCAUCGCCACCGUUCUUCUCGGCCUAGCGGAGUUGGCGUUCCUGUUCUUGACAUCGAGCAGGGACCCUGGGAUCGUGCCGAGGAACGCGCGCCCGCCGGAAUGCUGUGACGACGAGGCCGUCAUGGACGCUGACGUCGCCACGCCGUCCACCGAGUGGGUGAUGAACACCGCGAACCCCCACCUCCGGCUGCCGCGCACCAGGGACGUGGUCGUCGACGGCGGGCACGUCGUCCGGGUGAAGUACUGCGACACGUGCCUGCUGUACCGGCCGCCCCGGGCGUCGCACUGCUCCAUCUGCAACAACUGCGUCCGGAGGUUCGACCACCACUGCCCCUGGGUCGGCCAGUGCAUCGGCCUGCGCAAUUACCGGUUCUUCUUCCUGUUCAUCUCGACGUCGACGUUCCUGUGCCUCUACGUGUUUGCGCUGUCCUGGCUGAACAUCGCCGCGCAGAGGGGGAGCCACGGCGGGUCGCUGCUGAGGUCCAUGACCGGCGAGCCGCUGUCCCUCGUGCUGAUCGUGUACACCUUCGUCGCGGCGUGGUUCGUCGGCGGCCUCACCGUGUUCCACCUCUACCUCAUGAGCACAAACCAGACCACGUACGAGAACUUCAGGUACCGGUACGACAAGAAAGAGAACCCGUACAACAGGGGCGUGCUCGCCAACAUAUCUGAGGUGUUCUUCACGCGAAUGCCGCCGUCGAUGAACAAUUUCCGGGCAUGGGUGGCGCUACCGGAGCCGGAGACAUUCGACGGCGGGCCGCUUUCUUCGAGGAGUAAGAUUGAUCUCGUCGGCACAAAGGAGAUGAUAGACCUGGAAAUGGGGGAAAAGGGCGUGCACAACCCUGGUGUUCCAGCAAUCCUGCAGGGGAUGGAUUACAGCGAGAUGGAGAAGAACAAUGUCAGCGUGCACAUAAAGGAUCGGCAGGCGGCGGAGGCGCCGGACUCAUUGAUGAUCCCAGCGGUCCGACAACAGGAUGAGAGUCGCAGAGGGGCAGGACGAACCUCUCCAAUUGUGCUUGUGCAUGCGAUGGAAUUGAAUGAAGUAAUGAACGACAGCAAGAUUCAGUGAUAGUUUGGAACGGUGAUCAUGCAUGACGGCAAUUGCAAUCCAUUUUUGGACACUUUGGAACACAACAGGUUAAAAAUUGUGGUUGGAUAUGACCUUGCUGGCAUGUCGAGUGUGAAAUUUGACUUCAUAUUUGCAAUGACCUGUUGUUGCCACCAUGAAAGAGCUCAAGCAAGCACGUGCCUGUUCUGCUGGUUGGUCGUCAAAUUUUAUUAGCUUCAAAUGUCUGAUGUAACUCUGGACAAGCACCUUGUUAGUGCAUUGAGGCGUUGUGAAUCGGUAGGAGCAAUUCUGAAGAAUUUUUUUAUAUAUUUUUGGAAGUGGAAGCAGGAGAGCCGCUGCCAUU